AUGCGUGACAAAGAGGAAGGAGGCGUGUGGCAGUCACGGGACCCCCGCAACACUGGUCGCAUCCGCAUCACCCCGGCCGAGAAGACCGAAGUGGCGGGGGCAGCGGGGGCACGCAUGCUGCGGGGUGAGUGGUGCCCGGUCAAGGUAGACAAUGCGUGCCGGACAGCGGUGCUGGACGAGCACGGCGAGCUUCGAGCAGAUAUUGUAGAGAGAUGCUGGAGAAGGAAAACUAGGUGA